AAGACCCAAAACUGGAUCAGACCAUAUCAAAAUGGCUUAAAAGACCAACCAUCUGACCCAUUAACCCAUAACCCAGCUCCACUGUCUCUCCCUCCCAGGUUUGUCUUGAUUUCUCUCUCCACGCUCUCUGACCGCUGUAGAGAGAAUGGGUUUUGCUGCUACUCUCUUUCCCUCCUCCUUCUCUGCAACUUUCCUCCUCCUCAUCAUCAUCAUGGUCAAAUCCAACUCUUUUCAGGGGGGCCCGCUUUCCUUUUCUCCCUCAACCUGAAAAAAACACAAAAUCUCAGACGACUCGUUGUGUUCUCAAAGAGAGUUUCACCUCUAGAAGAGGCCAUGAGAACCAGGAGAGAACAAGAGCUUCAAAAGACGACUUAGUUUAGAAAAAGGCCGCCAUUGAGGCGGGCAAGCGUAUCGCCACGGUUGUCAGUGCCUGUUGAUAUUCCAAAGCCUCCAUCAAAUGAGCUGCCAGAGAUUUCAAGUGAGCAUCAGAUUCAUGACUCUGAAUGGAUUGUUAAAAUGAGGGCUGCUUGCGAGCUUGCUGCUCACGUUUUUGGAGAAUGCUGCCAUCAGUUAUGUACGAACGAGAUUGACAAAGCAGUGUGCCAAAUGAUCAUCGGUGCUGGUGAUACUGGUGCUUAUCCUUCACCUCUUGGUUAUGGAGGAUUCCAAAAGAGCUGCACAUCAGUUAAUGAGUGCAUGUGUCAUGGAAUACCUAACUCCCGUCAGCUACAGGAUGAUGAAAUGAUAAACAUUACAUUGAUGUUACUGUUGGUUCUUUAUCAUGGAGACACUUCAAAAACAUUCUGUGGGAAUAUCAGCGAUGGAAUUAAGCGUCUUGUGAAGUUGACUGAGGAAUUUUUGGAAAGAGGGAUAGCUGUUUGCAAUGGUGCCAGUUUCAAGAAAAUUGGAAGGAGAAUAUGCGAGCAUGCUGAAAAAUAUGGUUUAGGCGUCGUGGAGCGUUUUGUCGGGCAUGGUGUGGGGACGUUUCAUUCUGAACCAUUAAUUUUACACAAUCGCAAUGACGGACCUGGUGCCAUGGUUGAAGGUGAAACAUUUACCAAUGAUAAUUCUCCUAGGGAUGCUCGUGUUCUACUGUCUUCCAGUCAAGCCUGUAUUGUUAUGAUGAUUCCUGGAUCGUGGGUUUUACCGGCUUGCGAGAUGGUCUCAGCAAUUUAGUCACUGUUACUGUAUUGAAGUGAGUAUUUUGCUGCUGACUUCGGGUGACGCCAAUUUCUUUUUUUAUUAAUGGGAUUUUCUCUUUUCUCAAGGCUGUUGUCAGGGUUUGGUUUUCCUAUAGCUCCGUAGCCAAUUUCUUCAUUGGCUUUCUCUUGAUUAUUAAUGGUGUCUGUAAUCUGCUCUUUCUAAUUCAUUUUGAUAAAUAUGGAUUGUAUUCAUGCAAAAAAUCUAUAAAGUGGACUUUACAUGUGGAGUGAUGGACACAA